AUGGGGUAUUCUGUGCAGCCGCGUCUGGAUUACCAGACCAUCGUGGGUGUGGAAGGUCCGCUGGUUAUCAUGGACAACGUGAAGUUCCCCACCUACGGUACGGAUUCUUUUGAGUCUUUUCGAAUUUAGAGUUUUUGAUUUAGCUUCUCCGUCGUAUGUGAUUUUUAGGCCAAAUGAAAAACGGCUCCUGCGCAUUUUGUUGCUCGCGCAUUGGAAUCGUAAUGCUAAUGUAUAUGAUGUAACGGUAAUGAGUGCGAGCGGUGUCCUUAGGAGCUGAUCAAAACAAAUUUAGGUGAGAUUGUCAACGUGUGCUUGUCCGAUGGACGUGUGCGCCAGGGUCAGAUCUUGGAAAUCAACAAGAAGAAGGCCGUCGUGCAGGUCUUCGAGGGCACCUCGGGCGUCGAUGUCAAAAACACCCACAUCGAAUUCACCGGGGAUGUGCUGCGCAUGCCGAUCUCCGAUGACCUUAUGGGUCGCGCGUUCAACGGUUCCGGAAAGCCCAUUGACAAGGGACCGCCGGUAAGAAGAAGACUACAGUCGGAGUAUAGUACUGUGGAAUGUGAUUUAGAUUCUGGAUUUAAAUUCUUUCUUCAUGAGUUUUGCUCGUCUAAGGGCAAAAGAUUGUACGACUUUUCAGUUGCAACCUAAAACAUUCCGAACCCCCACCAGGUCCUGGCAGAGGAGUUCUUGAACAUCCAGGGAGAACUAUCCUGAGCAAAAGGGUCCCCACCCCAUAGUUGUCAUGCAAAUCUGCGUGCCAAAAUAAAAAGUUGAUUAUGCGCCGUCCCAUGAGAAGCGUUUUCUAGUCGUGUUGUGGAAUUUGUGAUGCUAGAAUCAGUAUGACAUGCGAAAUCCGUGACGCUGCUGAACUACCUAAACAGGAUUUGUCCUCCGAGGACAAACUCGUCAUGCGAAGCAACCAAAGCUGGCUGAUUUGCAUAGCAGAUUUUCCAUCUUCAUUCUGGUAUGGGCACGUUUUUUCACAGGAUAGAAUCCGAUGAACCCCAAGGCCCGUGUAUACCCGAAGGAGAUGAUCGAGACCGGUAUCUCCACCAUCGAUGUUAUGAACUCUCUGGUAAGUAAGAACCUACGAACAGUUGAGUUCGGACUCUAAAAAAGUUAAAGUGAUUUAGAAAACGCCCGUCGCUCGUCAAUUGCUUCCUCUCACCCCUUGACACAACAUGUCUUUCGCGCGGAACACGAGCGCUUCUUUUUUUGAAAUUUAGAUUUUUUACCUUCAACGCCAAAAUCGUGAAUCAGGUGCGUGGUCAGAAGUUGCCGUUGUUCUCCGCCGCGGGUUUGCCGCACAACGAGAUUGCCGCGCAGAUCUGUCGCCAGGCCGGUUUGGUCAAGGGCAAGGACGUGAUGGAUCACUCAACGGACAACUUCUCCAUCGUGUUCGCGGCCAUGGGUGUGAACAUGGAGACCGCACGCUUCUUCAGGAUAUGACAGGGCACAACUCCCCCUGCCCCUCAUUUGUCACGCAAAAUACCCAAUCCACCCGUUGCCUUUGCCUCUUGGCACUGUUUGCGUGACGUGACAAGUUCUGGUAGCUCAAAUAGCAGUAUGCUCCAGUGUAGAUUUGUCAUGCAAAACCGACAUUCUUUCUGAUGCUUGUAUUGCCGUUCAUGCUAUACAAAUGAGGGGGCGGGGGAGUUGUGCACUGUUAUACAGGAACGACUUCGAGCAGAACGGAAGUAUGGAGAAUGUCGUGCUGUUUUUGAACUUGGCCAACGACCCCACCAUCGAGCGUAUCGUCACCCCCCGGUAUUUAUGGUGUGCUUGUUUGUCGAAAUUUAAAUUUUGAUUCUCAUAGAUGGUUGAGUCUAUUUCUUGAAAAACCAAUAAUGCACCAUGAGAACACGAACACAAGCAUGCGUGAAGAUAACUUAUUUUUUUAGAUUUGAGAUGUAGAAAAUCCAAAUUAAUACUCAGCUUCUAGAUUUUGAUUAGCGUCAGGUGUAGAUUUACACGGCACACGACUUACAUAGAAUAACUUCAGAUUGGCUUUGACGACCGCCGAGUACUUUGCCUACGAGCGGGAGAUGCACGUGUUGGCCAUCUUGACCGAUGUGUCCUCGUACGCCGACGCCUUGCGUGAGAUAUCUGCUGCGCGAGAGGAGGUACCGGGGCGACGUGGUUACCCGGGUUACAUGUACACAGAUUUGGCCCAGCUGUACGAGCGUGCCGGUCGCGUCGAGGGGAAGAACGGAAGUACACUGAUAGUCCUCACUUUUGUUGGUUGAGCGCAUGAGAUUUUGUCGAGAGACAUGAUUGAAUUUUUUUUUUCAAAUUCAAUCUUGAAAUGAAGCAACUUUGAAGAUGAGCGAUUAUUGUUGUAAUUUGAAUCCUCCACUUUGACCAAAGCCAAACGAAACACGACAUGCAGGUAUCACGCAGUUGCCCAUCCUGACGAUGCCCAACGAUGACAUCACCCACCCGAUCCCGGAUUUGACCGGAUACAUCACGGAGGGCCAGGUGUUUGUGGACCGAGGUCUGCACAACCGACAGAUCUACCCCCCAAUCAACGUGCUGCCCUCCCUGUCGCGGUUGAUGAAGUCCGGUAUCGGUAAGGGCAUGAUAUGCUCUGCAAAAGUAUCGUACUCGUAUAAAUGCAUUACAAAUUUCCUCAGCAUGAAUAAUAAGAUUUGUAAUGGAGAUUUGCCUUGGAAACAAGAUUUGUAAUGCAAGACUUGCAUUAGCAUUUGUACGAGUGCGAUGCUUUUGCACAGGAUACAUGACCCGCGUCGACCACAGCAACGUGUCCGAUCAGCUCUACGCCAACUACGCUAUCGGGCAGGUAAGGACAACUGUAGAUGCUCAUAACAAGCACUAAAACGACUAGGACUACUUCUGUUUUAGAAUUUUAGAUUAGGUGACCAACAAGAAGCGAUUUGAUUGCGCUUUUGUUCUUUGGAAGGGAAUAAAGUGAGAGGACUGCACGAUUGUGAAUUUUAUCCAAAAUGCAAAACAGGACACGCGUGCGAUCAAGGCGGUUGUCGGUGAGGAGGCGUUGAACGACGAGGAUCACCUGUAUUUGGAGUUCAUUGACAAGUUCGAGGCCCGAUUCGUGCAGCAGGGGCCGUACGAGAAGCGCGAUGUGUUCGAUUCCCUCGACGUGGCGUGGGAGCUUCUGCGCAUCUUCCCGGAGGACAUGUUGAAGAAGUUGCCAAAGAAGGUCAAGGAUGAGUUCUACGCCCGCGACCGCGAGAUUGCCAAGGCCGCUAAGGCGUGAACAAGAAGCUGAUUCGUAGUUCUCACUAAGAUGAAAGGAAACUAGGAAAAUCUAAGCUUCGACAAAGCGCGAGUAGAUUUCAGUGGAGAGAAGUAGAGGCUUCUUCUUGAGCAGGACUUUUGUAUUUAAAAGUGUGAAGUUCUUUUUACAAUUUUUUAGAACACAGCGGUCUUGAAAAAAGCUCGCAGCCUCCGUCUUGGCGCCUGGAAAGCAGAGUCGGGGCGGAGCGCUGUGCUGCUCUGCCACUACAACUUCUCGAGCAUGUACGUAGAGUUCAUCUCUCGAAAAGUCGCAUCCCGUUCUUGUUCUCGCACGAACGGUUUCAUUCACGAAUACUUAGAUUCUUUGCGCAGAACAUUUGCGUUUCAAUACCGUGAUUUUUUAGUGCAGUGCUAAAAUUUCUAAAACAUCGUGUGGAGAAGGGACAAAGUCGCUCUCCUCGAGAGGUUCUUGUCACAUUCUUUCUCCCUUUUAGUAACUGAUCUUAUUCUAACAAUUACGGACUCCUAAAUACCUGAUGAUUUUUCCUUACUACUUUGACUUUUAGUACUUGUUUGAUUCUUUUCUACAUCAUCAAAGCUGAAGUUACACACAAGAAAAAGACCUGAUGAAGAAGUUGUUUUUCAUCUACCUCCUGUAUGAAAAAUUUAGAUGUGGAGAAACAAUUUUUCGAACCCAGCUUCUCAGUCGGAGAGAGUUUUUCAAGCGUGUGUUUGGACGAGAGUCGGCGGGUCUACUGUGUGGGAAGACGGUCUCGCGACGACGAGUAUGAGAGGCUGGACGUGAAAAAUUCGGUAUAGCUGUUGAGUAAGACAACAAAAAAUCUUGCUAAGUUCUUGAUUUGGAUGCGUCCUACGUGACGGUCAUUGACUUUGGACCGUGUUUCGAUUAAUAUGGCCGCGGUUAAUACGGUGGACAGG